AAGUGAUCUUGUGCGCGUAUAUACGUGUGGUUACAUGUCUGUGUGUUUAUGUGUGUAUUAUGGCCUAAAACUUUAAUUCCUUAUAUCAAUAAUGAGUCGUAAUACUUUUGAAUCUUUCGUACCCAACUUUCCAUACAAUUCUCCUACUCGGCCUUUUUAUUGGCCUUGGCCGUUGAUAACAACACCAGGACAAGAAGCAGCGUCGAUUCCGAGCCUUCAAAACGAAGCUGGAACGCGAAACGAACACAGCCGCUUAUCGAUGUCGUCAAUUAUUGAGAAGAUUCUAUUAUCGAUGCCUGAGUUCAAUUCGAUAUCGAACGGUGUUCAGUCGCUAGAGAUAUUGACAAACAACGGAAUUUCUAUUUCGAGAAAGAUCAUAGAAUUUGAUGGAGAAGCAGUCUUAUGUAGAGUCUGCGGAGAUAAGGCUAGCGGAUUCCAUUAUGGAGUUCACGCCUGUGAAGGAUGUAAGGGCUUCUUUAGACGGUCAAUUCAACAGAAGAUACAAUAUAGACCUUGCUUAAAAAAUCAACAAUGCUUAAUUCAAAGAGUCAACAGGAAUAGAUGUCAAUAUUGCAGAUUAAAAAAAUGCAUUUCCGUUGGAAUGUCAAGAGACGCUGUUCGUUUCGGAAGAGUUCCAAAGAAAGAGAAAGCGAAGAUUAUAGAACAAAUGAAAAAGAUUAAUAAUAUUUCACAGAAAAAUACUAUUGACUUUGUUUUGGAGAACGAAAACGAAAUUGGUUCCUUGAUUAUAAAAGCUCACAAAGAAUUUUGUAAAUUCACUAAAGAUCGAUUUCAAGCUUUUUUUACGGCAGCGUGGAGAGAGCCGAGAUUUGCUUCAUGCGCUCCUUGUUCCGCUUGUCCUCUUAAUCCGCAACCGAAUUCUCUGGACUCUUUUCAAAAUUGGCAGGAACUGGAGAAAACUUUUACUCCAAUCAUAAGAUCUAUAAUAGAUUUUGCUCUUGGAAUUCCUGGUUUCGACCUGCUUUGCAUUGACGACAGGCUAAUUCUAAUAAAAACAGGAGCUAUCGAAUUGUUACUUUGCCAAAUGGCUUGUUUAUUCGAUAGUCAAACAAAUACUAUGAUCUUUACUAAUGGCCAAUUGUACAAAAGGCCCAUAGACGACAACAGUUCUCUUUUGAAUUUUGUCUUUGACUUUGCUGAAAGAUUUAACAGUCUAAAAUUAGAUGAUGAGGAAAUAGCAAUAUUCUGUGCAAGAGUUCUGAUUUCACCUGACAGAGCUGAGCUGAGACACGCAGAUCACGUUGAAAAGAUGUCAGGAAAGAUAGUCAGUUCACUACAUUCUACUAUAAAGUCUAAAAGGUGCGAACCUUUAGAAUUUGUGUCUAAGCUGCUAUCAAAAUUGCACGACUUAAAGACUCUUAAUGCAGUGCAUAGUCAGAAAAUGAAUAAUCCCAAGCCCGUGACUCAAAGUCACUUUUUUAGUCCACCACAGACAUCACCGAAAUUUAAAUUUAACCUAGGAGAACCUGAUUCUUCGAAUUCGCCGGAAGGUGAAGUUCAAAUGAAAUGCCCUAAGAUAGAAGAGGGUCAUGCACCUACUUUUAAUCCAGCUUUACUAGCACCGACUUUGAAUCCAUGCACAAGACCAAUUCUUAAUGAGCCAUUAAAGGAGAAGCUGCUGAGAAAGAUACAUGAUGAUAAAUUACGAUUGGACAAACAGUUUAUCUAUCAGCCAAAUCCGUUUUCGUUUUAUCCCGAUGGUGUUCAGUCGCAUUCCUUGUUUUUACAGUAUUACCAAUGGAGAUUAGCUGCUAUGCAAAUGCAUAUGACAUCUUAUAAUUCAGCUGAUAAUCUUCGAAAAGGGAAUUAACUAGAUAUUUCUUUUCCUUUCUUCCUUUCUUUUUUUCUCUCUUUUCCUUUUCUUGUUUCCAUUUAAACUUUACAUUAAUAAUAGAUGAAAGUGAAGUUAGUAUAAAUAUAAAUAAAUGUUGUAAGUUCUCUGUAAUAGAAAAGUAAUAUAAAAAC